GAAAGGCCGAGGGGGAUGGCAAGAUGCACAUCACCCUCUGUGACUUCAUCGGUCUAAGUUUUCUACAAAGGUGGGCAGGAGGAGGACUCCUCCCUCUCCCUGAGCUUGGCGGUCCCCAUCUCUUUGCAGGAAAGGCCGAGGGGGAUGGCAAGAUGCACAUCACCCUCUGUGACUUCAUCGUGCCCUGGGACACCCUGAGCACCACCCAGAAGAAGAGCCUGAACCACAGGUACCAGAUGGGCUGUGAGUGCAAGAUCACACGCUGCCCCAUGAUCCCAUGCUACAUCUCCGCCCCGGACGAGUGCCUCUGGAUGGACUGGGUCACGGAGAAGAACAUCAACGGCCACCAGGCCAAGUUCUUCGCCUGCAUCAAGAGAAGCGACGGCUCCUGCGCGUGGUACCGUGGAGCGGCGCCCCCCAAGCAGGAGUUUCUCGACAUUGAGGACCCGUAAGCAGGCUGACAGCACCCUGUAGCCAAUCGAAAAGCCUCCAAGGGUUGAGACUGGUCCAGCUCUGACAUCCCUUCCUGGAAACAGCAUGAAUAAAACAGUCGUCCAAGUGGG